GGAUGAUACCAGCGAAAGGUUUACCGUUUGCUAGUGAAGGACGUAUAUAUUAUUUUAUCAUUUAUGAAUCUGUUGAAUUAUGUCGAUUCUAUCGUGGUAUCUAUUCAUUGACAUCAACAUUAGCAAGUAAUUUAUUAUUAUUAACUAGUAUAGAUCGCUGUUUAUGUAUAUAUUAUCCAUUAAAAUAUCGUACAAUACCUGUAUAUUAUGCAUGGUAUUUGAUUGGUGGAGUUAGUUUCAUUUCAUUCUUAUGUGUUUUACCUGUUAUAAUAUUAGUUGAUUUUCAUGAUAUUGGCACAUUUACAACAUGUUGGUUACAUGAAAGUCAAGCAUUUUUGCAAAUAUUUAUUAUAUUAUUUAAUAAUGCUGGUUUUAUACAAACAAUAGUUAUACUUGUAUUGAACAUCAUAUUUAUGAUAAAAAUGCGUAAAACAUUUACCAAAGAACGUUUAGCUGAUCCACAAUCGAUUGAAAGUAAAGAAUGGUCAGCUAGUGUAAUUUUAUUCAUUUUAGCAACAACAUUAUUAUUGUUUAGUUUACCACAAUGUGCUGCAUAUUUAGCUGCUUUCUUUUUUCCAUCUGUGAUGGAGAAAUCACAAUCGGAACAAUCAGUACGUUUAGCUUAUAAUAUUGCCGAUAUAGCAUGGCAAUGUAUAUUUGCACAGAAUGCUUCAGCAAUAUUUGUUUGUUGGCAAAGAAUGCAAGAAUUUCGACAAGUGUUUUAUCGAUUAUUCUUGAAAGGACCAUUACAGCCACUUAGAAAGUAUGUAAAUGAAGCACAAUCCACUAUACAUUAAUUAAAUAUUCUCUUAAAUAAAUUCUCAUAUUGUAUGUAUAGUUAUACUUGUAAAACGUUAAACUUUACAUGAAGUACUGGUUUGAGGGAAGAGGAAGUUAAAAGUUUGACCUUUCAAUCACUUGGUCACAAGUUUGAGCACCGCUUCAAUUAAUUUGGUUUAAGAGAUCGGGUAGUAUCAUUGGCCCACAUGCAAUAAUAAUCGUUUAUGGUCGACUACACGAAUGAAUACUUAGUAAAUGAGUCGGAUUAAUAAAAUACACAAUAGUGAUGGUAUAUUGUAAACACGAAAUAUGCUCAGUUAAAUUCACAGUUUGUUUAAUAUUUUCAACAAACGAAAUACAAUCAAGCUCAUUUUUUAAGAGUGUAGACACAUUUAAUGAAACAACAUAAUACGAUGGAGAUAAUAGUAAUCAACUACAAAAACCAAACUAACAAUAGAAACUAUUGUAAAUGUUUGUUUUAUUUCUUAGUGAACUUUCAACCAAUUUUAAUGCAUCUUAGCUUGUUGUUUAUUUCAAUACCUUUUAAUUUUUGUAUGUAUUUUGAAAUUACGCGUAAAAAUGUGUUAACUUUAAAUAAAU